GAGGUCCAAACCUCCUCCGUUCCUUCUGUUUAUAGUUCUCCCUCCUCCUCCGCGGGAGCUGAGCGCCAAACUCAAACGCUGUCAGGACCGGGACUUCUUUCACGCUGGUGCUGAGGCCCAGGCCUAGUGGGCUUUUUUUCGCACACCGGUCGCGGCAGCGGUCCGACAUGAGCCAAGUUCUCUUCCAGCAGCUUGUCCCCUUGCAAGUGAAAUGCAAAGACUGUGAGGAGAGGAGAGGAAGUGUUAGAGUGAGCAUUGAACUACAAUCACUUUCUAAUCCAGUACAUAGAAAGGAUUUAGUCAUCCGUCUGACUGAUGAUACAGAUCCAUUUUUUCUGUAUAACCUUGUUAUUUCUGAGGAAGAUUUUCAAAGUUUAAAAUUGCAGCAAGGUCUCCUGGUGGACUUCUUAGCUUUUCCACAGAAAUUUAUAGACCUCCUUCAGCAGUGCACGCAGGAGCAUGGGAAGGAGACGCCAAGGUUUCUGCUGCAGCUUAUUUCUUCAUCUGCUCUUUUGGAUAACAUGCCAGUAUUUUUAAAUGUUGUGGAGACAAACCCUUUUAAGCAUCUUAUUCACCUAUCAUUAAAGCUUUUACCUGGAAAUGAUGUAGAGAUAAAGAAGUUUUUAGCAGGCUGUUUGAAAUGCAGCAAGGAAGAAAAAUUAUCAUUGACUAAAUCACUAGAUGAUGUUUCCAGGCAACUGCACAUCACACAAGAGAUGCUAUCAGAAAAAACACAAGAAUUAGAUAAAUUGCGGAGUGAAUGGGCCUCACACACAGCAUCGUUGACAAAUAAGCAUUCUCAGGAAUUAACGAAUGAGAAGGAAAAAGCCUUGCAGGCACAGGUUCAGUACCAGCAGCAGCAUGAACAACAGAAAAAGGAGGUGGAAGCCCUCCAUCAACGAAAUGUCCAGCAGCUUCAGAACAGAUUGUCUGAGUUAGAGGCAACUAAUAAAGACCUCACUGAGAAGAAGUAUAAAGGAGAUGCCACUGCUAGAGAGCUGAAAGCCAAGCUUGCUGGUGUGGAAGAGGAGUUGCAGCGGGCCAAGCAAGAGGUCCUUUCUCUGAGAAGAGAGAAUUGUACUCUGGAUGCUGAAUGCCAUGAGAAAGAAAAGCAUAUUAACCAGCUACAAACAAAAGUGGCAGUUUUAGAACAGGAAAUCAAGGAUAAAGACCAGCUUGUCCUGAGAACAAAAGAAGCAUUCGAUACAAUCCAAGAACAAAAGGUGGCUUUAGAAGAAAAUGGUGAGAAAAAUCAGGUACAACUGGGAAAACUUGAAGCUACAAUAAAAUCGUUAUCAGCAGAACUUCUGAAGGCAAAUGAAAUUAUUAAGAAGUUACAAGGAGAUCUUAAAACUCUCAUGGGUAAAUUGAAACUGAAGAAUACAGUUACUAUUCAGCAAGAAAAACUGCUGGCUGAGAAAGAGGAAAUGCUACAAAAGGAGCGAAAGGAAUCACAGGAUGCGGGGCAGUCUCUUCGAGCCAAAGAGCAAGAGGUAUGCAAAUUACAAGAGCAGUUAGAAACUACCGUUCAGAAACUUGAAGAAAGUAAACAACUUUUAAAAAAUAAUGAAAAAUUAAUCACUUGGCUAAACAAAGAACUAAAUGAAAACCAGCUGGUAAGAAAGCAAGACACAUUGGGAACCUCUACCACUCCACCUGCACAUUCUAGUAGCAACACCAUCAGAAGUGGGAUUUCUCCUGGCCUGAAUGUGGUUGAUAAUAGACUAAAUUACCCAAGCUGUGGAAUUGGGUAUCCUGCCUCCUCUGCGUUUGCAUUUCAGAAUGCUUUUCCCCAUGUCGUAUCUGCCAAAAACACCAGCCAUCCAAUCUCCGCACCAAAGGUUCAGUUUAACUUGCAGCUUACAAAACCAAGCACAUUGCUAGAUGCACAGCCAGGAACAGCUAUUAGCAGGCCUUGUUCAUCUGAUAAGGAAAAUAGUGAAAAUUUAGGCCUGGAAUCCAAAUACUUGAAGAAAAGAGAAGAUAGCAUUCCUUUACGUGGGCUCAGCCAGAAUCUAUUUAGUACCUCAGACCAUCAGAAAGAUGGCAUGCUGGGAGCACUACAGACAUCUUCCAAACCCACAAUUCUCCCCUCUUCAUCUUCAGCAUAUUUCCCUGGGCAGUUACCAAAUAGUUAAUGCAGCACCUUUCAUUUAUUACUGACAGUUUAGAGAUUCAAUCGGCUUAACAAUCCACUAAUAACAAAACCAAUUUUCCUCAUUCCUGUUAGGUCAUUUGGAUCCUUUGUAAUAGUACUGCCAUUUACAAACAUAGAAGAUUGUCAGAUUCUGAGUAAAUGGUAUUUUUUAUUCUGCAAACAGAAUGUUUCAAAAAAUAUCACUGAAUUUUAUCAGAUUCUUAACCAGUUGGUAUAAAUGAGAAACACCCUAAUGAAAAAUCCACCCUGUAAGGGAAUAGUAACAUGCUGAAAAAUGCUUGUGAUCAUAUUAUCACACUUAUUAGUAAAACAAUUCUCAUUUUGCCACCUGAGAAUUGGGAGAAAUAGCUUCCGCCUAUGAUUAUUGAUCUUUACACUGAAGUCUUUUGCUUGGUUUUUUGUUUUUCUUUUUUUAUAUAUACUGGUUUUUUGAGACGGGGAUUUUGUUUAUUUUUGUUUUUUAAGACAGGGUUUUUUUGUUUUUUGUUUUUUUUUAAUGUAUCCCUCGC